AGUCGGCCAUUGAGGCUAACACUGAGCAAAGGUGUACGAGGCGAGCGAAGUCUCGGUUCUCCUGUGCUUCUGCGUGUGCUGCGGCGCUCGAAAAAUCCAAGAGACACCAUGGCUAGUUGGUGAAGUUAACUGGAUUUUUCAUCUUAACUUUUCUUCUAAUCUUCGUUGGAUCAUUUGUUUAGUAGUGAUUCGUCUUAUAACAACGAGAAAGAAGAGUAAGAGAGAGGAAGAGAGGCGCCCUCGAAGAAGUUUGUGUGUGCCCCGACAACUUGGUGUAUGUGUGAUGCGUUUCAAAUUGUGAAAAUAACGAAUGUUACAAUCAUGAUGCUCAUCGACGAGGCAAACAAUCCGUUUGAUUGAGUGAAAUAGGUGUAUUAUUGCACAGUUCAACAUCAGCCACAUACACACGACGUUGUGUGUGUAUAUGUGUGUGUUCAGUGCGUGUGUGAGCGAGCGUAAACCUCCCUCCCACUCUUCCCACCAUACACACAAAUGGCCCAUCCGAAUUUGCAAACCAAUGGAGCUAGCCUCGAAGAUUGCCACACCAACUUCUUUGCCCUGACGGACCUGUGUGGCAUCCGAUGGAGGAAGCUAACUUCAGAAGGGUACAGCCCUCAACCUGCUGGUGGGGGAGUGUACGGUGGCCAGCAGGGGAACCCACACCAGCCAAUGCGGGGCAUGUCAGGAGGAACCCACCAACCCUGGGAAUACCUCAACGAUCCUGUCCUGUCUUCGUACUGGCGUUGCCUUUCAAACGACAUUCUCUGUGUUUGGAGGAGGAUUCCAUCUGCCUCUUCUGCGUCUAGCCCUGGUGGCUCUUCAGCAUUCCCACCAUCCUUCCCCGGUGGAUUUCCCAAUCCCACCACACAACAAGGUUCAACAAACAGUGGCCUGAGCACAUUGAGCGGGGCCAAGGAACUGUGGAUAUUCUGGUAUGGUGAUACAUCCCCGGACCUCACUAACCUUGUUGUGCCAGAGAUUCUCAACAUGGAGGGUGAGCAGGGUUCUUGGGAGAAUGGCCUCUCCUACGAAUGCAGAUCCCUGCUCUUCAAAGCCCUUCACAAUCUCAUUGAAAGGUGUUUGCUGUCGAGAGAUUUUGUUCGCCUGGGCAAAUGGUUUGUCCAGCCUCAAGAAGGACUGGAUCCUGUUUGCUUGCAACAACAACAACAACAGGAUUCCACCAGCUCUUCUACCACCAUUCCGGCCCGGAACGGUCACUUGUCCUUUUCAUUCUCGUUUUUCGUUCACGGAGAGUCGACGGUUUGUGCCAGCAUCGACGUCCGACAGCAUCCAGUCGUGCGCAAAAUCACCCACAGGCAUUUAGCCGCCGCACAGGCCACCAGCGGUGGAGUCCAUGUUAUGUUGGCUCCAUACGGCCUUGCUGGCGUAUUGACUGGCGUUUCGUACCGAUCUUCGACGGACCACACCACUCGCAAAUUGAUGGACGAGUGGCGCCAAUAUUAUCCUGUCGAAUGCGGAAGCAAUAACUGCCCGACAGCGGCGGGACAGCAGCAGAGAGGUCCAGGUCCUGGCGGCGGCGGUUUGGAACCGGCCUCGGAAUCGGAGGACAUGGUGGAAGUCAUCGUCGGCAACGUCCGUAUGCGUUACCCCACGUGCUACGUGUUGGCCUGCGACGCGGACAGCGCGGCCAAUUCGGCCGCUUUCAACCAACUGGCGACUUCUGAAGGAGGAAUGUUGAUGACACCUCCAGCGUCUCCGCCUCUGGUUUCGAAUCCGGCGAGUGUAUCUCGCAGUAUUAGCCAUUCCUCCACAGUGUCUAGCACAUUGUCGGCUGCUUCCGGUCACCAUUCAACGCAGCAGCAACUCAUUUCCACCGUGCCCAGCUGCACAGCCGAUGCACUAAAUAAGAUUGCACAAGCGGCUCAUUCCUGGAGACCUGAAGAAGCCAGACGGCUGGCUGAGCAAGCUUGGCAAGACACGCUCCUCGCACCUGUUGGGCUGCUUGCCCAGCCGAAAUCGACGUCGGUCGAUCCAACGGCUGUCGCCUUGUCGUCCUCACCGGCUACAGCGACGAGCACAGCAUCUACGAACGAGAAAGAUUCCACGGCGAACGUUUGGGAUUUCCUAGAUCCUACCACCAAGAACAGCUGCAUCUGUGUCAAGUCGAGACGGAAUAAAACUGGAAGCAACAGCCAGGGCAACAGCGUCAGCACCAAUUCCAACGCCAAGAUGGCUCCAACUGCUCCAAUGAUAUCUUCCUCCUCCUCUUCUGUCCCGUCCUCUUCUUCUUCUUCCUCCUCUUCUUCUUCUUCCGGCAAGAGAGGCGGCGGGGUGCCAUUCCACCACCGCCCGUCCUGCCCAACGCCAGCUCGGGCCCACACUGCGGUCGCCAGUGUCGGCCAGAAGCUGUUGCCGGACGCUAACGCCACUGCUGCUAUGACGCCCGGCGGAUUAGGGUCGGUUGAUGGCGUCCAAGAUAGGGUCAACAGAGCGGGAAUGACAAACGCGACGAGUACGAGUGGCGCCACCACACCGGCACCAGCGCCAGCGCUACCGACAUACCAGAGGAGCCAAGCGGCUCUACGCGGCCCGCUGAGCCAACAAUCGCAGCAGCAGCAGCAUUCCAACCACGCCAUGAAUUCGAGUGGCAAUAACAGUGUGGGCCCUUUCCUGGCUUCGCCGGCUUCGGUUGCUCCGUCGCCACUCCCAACGCCCCACUCUCACGCUCCGCCUAGCGUCCCGCCCAUGGAUUCGUCGCUGACGUUGUCGAGUCCUCAUCCGCCGGCAUCCAACGAUCCGUCGUCCAAUUUCAUCCCGUCGACACCAUCGGCCAUGGACCACAAUUUAGCGUCGCAGGAUCAGAAUUGCAGUCGGGCCACACCUGGCGGGGCAGCUCAUACGCCGGGUGGUGGACCGAAAUCGAAUCAAGCAUCUUCCGCCUAUUCGCCUUACGUUGCCCUGCCGAGCGUGGACACGCCGGGCUGGCCGCAUUCGGCCGGCGGAGGGGGUGGCUCUUGCCAUGCCACCCAGCCGCGCAGCAGCGGCGGACAGCAACCCGCCAGUUGCGGGCCUCCCACGUCGAUGGCCCCGACGACGCCCAACGUUGGCGCGGGAGCCAACGGAGGUGGUAGCACGUGCUCCACGGCCGAUCUCUUUGGCAUCAAGAAGAUAGUACUGCCCCAGAAGGAGUACGAAAACGAAUUGAAAGAGGGCGAAACGGCUCCCGGAUUGCUCUACGAUUAUAGUAGCAUGACGGCCUGGUUGUUUCAUCCAGUUAAGCGAAUGAAAUUGGGCAAAAACUCGCUGACGCCGAAUGGCGAUCGCCCCACGGAUUCAUCUGACGGAUCAGCCUCUGGUGGCAAACACAUGAACGGCAACUUGAUGCUUGACAUGGAAGUCAGAGAUUCAACCGAAUACGACGAAGAUGGAGGCCACAACGGCCAAUCUCGCAAAAGGAAGGAGCCCGACUCUUGCCGUGACGAGGAUAGCAACUCGUUGAACUCGGCCAACGCGGCCGGCGGAGCAGCUAAGCCGGUGAAUCCGAGUUCGCUUUUCACCAGCGAAGGGCUCCAGGCUUCCUAUCAGGAUUUGGACAAGAUAUUCGACAAUUCAGACGAGUCCAACGACACGUGCCCCGUGCCAACGCCACCCGGAUCGAACAAACCAGCCGGCCUGCCAGAAGACACUGCGCUCAUGGGCCACGGCCAUCACAAAGCUGCGCGCGGUGGUGGCAUCGCUGCAGCUCACCCUUCGCCUGGAACGACCAUGUUGGGCGGGCAUCACCUGACGGCCGGCGGAGUCAACAUUUUGGCGUCGGCGGAAUUCUCCAACAUGUUCCCCACUCCGCCGUCGCACGAACACCCGAUGCAGUCGCCUUGCGGCCAAAUGGAAGGCUCCGUCGAUCUGAUGAACAGCGACAUGAACAAUUCCGGCCACAAUGGCAUCAAGAGCGAGCCGGGCGCGGGUCAUUCGCUCAACGGCUGCAGCCCCACAUACCUACUGCAGGAGGACAGUGUCAACAAAGAUUGGUCUUACGUUUACCGGCCGCCAACGGUGUGGAAAGUGGCCAACUCGUCCAAGUAUGCGCCGUUGCCGGUGUUGCCCAGCCAAACGAUGAGCCCGCUCUUUCUGCCGGCGCCUUACCGGCCUUCGGUGAGCAGCAACAGCUCGGCCAAUCACUCGUCGGGCAUGGUCGACAUACCCCGCGCUGGCCCUAUGAUGCAUCAACAACACGCGUCGAUCCGGCCGUUCCAGCGGCUCCCGCCCAUGAUCCCCCCGCUGCAGCAGCAUUUCCCGCGAGGGGGAGGCCCAGCUCCCUUCAGUCCCAUCUCGCCGUCUCCUUACGGAGGACUGGAUGGCAUCCCGCCAUCGUUCGGUGGCAUGUCCGGCCACGGACCGCUUCAACGUCCUGCCAUGAACUUGGGCGGCUUCCCUCCGCACGGCACACUCAAGCAGCUGUUGCAGCACCAACAAGGUCAAAUCCAAUCCCCGGGAUUCCUUCAGCAUCCGCCCGGAUUCCCGCACCACCACCACCCUCACCCUCCACAGCAGCAGCAGCAGCUGCAGUUGCAAAUCCAGCAGCAGCAUCAGCCGCAGCAGCCGGCCGGCAACGUCAACGUCAACAAUCACUCGAACUUGCCCGAAUGCCAUUCGCUGAUGGUCAACAUCGUCCUCGGCGAUUCCAUGUUGAACAUCUUCCGCGACCACAACUUCGACAGCUGUACGGUGUGCGUGUGCAGCGACGGCCAGAAUUGGGUGGGCACCAUUCGCGGCCAAGACGCCGUCUUCUACCUUCCGGAGUCGUCCAAUCCGUCGCGUUCGUCGUCCAGGGCGCUCACCAACGCGUCUCACUACCCUGGCAUGGGUCAUCACGGCCCGGGCUCGGCGCUGGGACUGGCUCCUGCCCCUCCACCGCCAAACCAUCAGGAAGAGGAGAGCUGCCGUUGCAAUUGCGGGUUCAGCGCUUUGGUCAACCGCCAUCUGGCCCAUCAAGCCGGCCUCUUUUACGAAGACGAACUGGAGAUUGUCGGCGCCCAGUCAACGCAGGAUCCGGGCCAGUUUAAGCGCGGCUCUCUCUACGCCGUGUGCCACUCUACGGAGAAGCCGGAGCAGGCGAUGCUGAUGCGAUCUCGCAUGCUGGAAUGCGGCCUGCCCGUCGGCUCGCUGGACGCCAGCGGCAAGGCGCUCGGCUGCAAGGCCGGCGAGAAGGAGGUGGACAAGGGCGACAUCAUCAGCAGCACGAUAGCCGCCGUCGUCAUGGAAGCCUCGGCUCCUCUUGUCGACACUUUGCCCGUCGCCUUGAUGGAACUACUCCGCGAGCAGUGCCUACUCCUCCACCACUCUAGCAGUCCCCUCUACAGGGCCGAACAGCUGCAGGCGGCCACCAGGAAAGCCGCCAUCUUGCACGCCCUCGACCUCGCUGACGGAUGCGACACGGCCCGCAAUGCCUUGACGUUAGCCUUACACAACACGUGUCCCAUGCCUAUGGCUUCUCCUGUGCAUCAGCAACAAGCUCCGCCUCCACCCUAUCAACAGCCUCAGCAGCAACAGCAGCAACAACAUCAGCAACAACAACAACAGCAGCAACAACAACAACAACAACAACAACAACAUUUGAAUAAUGGACCGCAAACGCCCAAUCCUUACGGCGGCAUGCCGUUUAAUCAAGGCAUGGGCGCGUUUCAAGCCGGCGGUCCUGUCGGUCCUGCCGCUGGGCCAGGAUACCAAGGCCCCAGUCCUGGAAACAUGCAUCACCCGAUGAGCCCGUCUCUGCACAGUCCAACGAUGCCCGUCCGAGGUCGGCCGUCGACGCCGGCCUCUGCCGUCGUGGGUGGCAUGCCGUUGCCCAUGACGAGUCCGGUCGGCAUGGCCAUGCAGCAACGACAGCCGCAUCCGUCGCAACACGGCGCCAUGGCCCACUCUGCACCUUAUUCUUCUUCGUCGUCGUCGUCAACGUCUGCCGGAGCGAACGGACCUAUCGUCCACUAUUGGCCGUUCCUUCACGUCCAGGGACCCAAUUCCAGUCAGGACGUGAUCCGCGUCAUGAGGACGUUGCAGCCGCUCUUGCAGGACAGCAUCCAGAAGAAGCGGGCCGCCACUCUGUGGAGGGCGCCGUUCGCCGUCCAGGGACCUCUGACUUGGCGCCAAUUCCACCGGAUGGCCGUCAGAGGUACGGAAGACCGUUGCGAGCCUCAGCCCAUUCCGUCGGUGAUGGCCGGUUUCGAUCGUGAUUGGGUCGCCAUCGGACCUUUGGCCAUUCCCCACUGGGACCGGCUCUUGCUGGAACCGUACAGCCGGCCGAGGGACGUGGCUUACAUCGUUUUGGCCCCGGAAGUGGACUACGUCCUCUCGCGCACCAAGACGUACUUCAAGGAGCUGUCGUCGACUUACGAAAUGUGCCGUUUUGGCCGGCACGUGCCCUACAAGGGCCUGAGGGACGGCAUAUUGCGCGUCGGCAAGAGUGCCGCCGCCAAGCUGGCCAACGACCCCGUCGAUGAGUGGUUCAGCAACAUUGGAGACUCUCCCAUCGCCCAGCUGCUCCGGCUCUACGCCAAAGUCUGCCGCUACCAUUUGGCGCCGACGUUGAUCAACAUGCCCAUGGAUCGGACGCUCCUGGAUCCGCCGGCGCCGCCGACGUCUUCUCGACCCGUGCAGGCCGCCCCUUCGCCGAUGGCGCCACCGUCUACAACGCCCAUCCACUCGGGCGAUUACGGCGGUUCGGUCAAUCAGAGCGGCAUGGGCCCGCCGAAUGCCGGAGGGCCGGCUUCCCUUCAGGGUUCCGCUUCGGCGUUUGGGGUCCAUCAUUCGUCGGCCGCGUCGUCUGCGAUGCCACCUGGCGACGGGAAACCGACGUCUCCGAAAGCGGAAGACGGUGCGGACGGGACGUCGGGUCACGGCGCCGCGGGCGCCAACGACGCGUCGGCCGCCGCCGAUGACGAGGACUUGGAACCGCCUUCGGUCGUCAUUUACAUCGUCGACCCGUUCAGUUUCGCCUCGGACAAUUUGGAUCUCGGCCGGCUGACGGCCCUGGGCUUGCUCCGCUGCUACCACCAGGUCUUGUCGCUCCUCUCGGAGACGGUCCAGCUCAACGUGUCGCUUCAGCUCGUCUCUGCCGACGCCAUUCUCCAACUGGGCAAAGACUUGAACGGCGCUCCACGCUACGAUUCGCUCCGUUCGCUGGCCCUCAACGUCUUUUCCCAGUGCAAGAAAUUUGUCAGUCAGCCGUCGAACGUCAAAUCCCUGACGGGAUUCGGCCCGGCGGCCGCCUCGGACACUUUUCUCAAAGCCAAAGACGAGAAGAAUCGGGCACCCUAUCGGGUCUACAUACCCGCCUACGUCCUGGCACCGACCAAAGACAGGACGGUGUGCGAUUUGGACCCGGGCGUGUCGACCAACGGCGGACCCGGAAGCGGUCCUCUGUCGUUUUUGGCCCGUCCAGACAAGUUUUCCGUCCUCUACGUCAAAUAUUGCUUAUCUGAAGAUCAACGCUGGUUAAUCGCCACGUGCACGGACGAACGCGGCGAGUUGGUCGACAGCUGCACCAUUGGCAUAGACGUCCCCAACAGGACGAAGCGCAAACGAGUGUCGGUGCGCCGCUUCGGCCUACAAAGGCUGAUGGAUUUCAUCCUGGGCGUCAUUUCCACCGGAGUGCAUCCGUGGCGGCUCGUUAUCGGACGGCUGGGUCGCAUGGGACACGGAGAAUUGAAGAGUUGGAGUGCGUUGCUGAGUCGGAAGAAUCUUCUGAGGGCGUCGCGGCAUCUGGCCGAGAUUUGCGGCCAGUGUUCACUGGUUUUCCCGUCGCAAGCGCCGACUUUAGUCUCGGCCUGUCUCGUCUCCCUCGAGCCCGACUCUCACUUCCGCAUGAUGCCCGAUCAAGUGACGCCGGACGAGCGGUUCGGCCAGCAGUCGGCCAACAGUCACCUGUCGACUCCCGAGGACGCAUCCUGCACGCACAUCCUCGUUUUCCCCACAUCGGCCACCACUCGGUCGCCGCAGACGACUUUCCACGAAGAAAACAUCAACGGACCCGAUUUGGGAGACGACGAUCUUAUCUCGGCCCUCACCGACGACAUGGGCGACGGAUUCGAAGGAAUGAGCGGAUUCGACGACAUUUUCAUGACGUGGCCAGAGACGGACCAGGUCAACGACGGCACGGAUGACUUGACGUCAGACAUGACGGGCGGCAACAAUGGCGGCAUGAACAACAUGGGCGGAUGCGGCACGUCGCGAUCGCCGGGAGCCUCCCAUGGCGGCGUGGGCGGAGGCUCUCCGGGCCGUGGCGGCAUGCGCUCCAACAUGAACCCCGAAUCGCCGUCGGGCAUGGGCGGCCAUCACGCCGGCGGUUCUGGACGUCAGAGUCCGCGAGCCGAACAGGAGGAAAUCGGGACGCUGCUCCAACAGCCGCUGGCUCUCGGCUACUACGUGUCGACGGCUCCGACGGGCGACAUGCCCGCCUGGUUCUGGUCGUCUUGUCCCCAUUUGGCGCGGGCCUGCCCGGCGUUCCUCAAGUGCGCUCUCCAUUUGCACAAUCACGCCGUCCAGCAGAACUCUGACGACAUCCUCCUCCAGCAGCAACAGCAGCAAGUCAACAAUUCGUCCAAGGUCCAUCCGCUCGACUCGCAGGUCACCACGGAUGUUCUCAGGUACGUGAUGGAGGGCUACAACGCCCUGUCGUGGCUGUCGCUGGAUCCCAAGUCACGUGAUCGCCGCUCUUGCCUCCCCAUUCACAUCCAGCUCUUGGUGCAGCUCUAUCACGCGUUGGCUGCUUUAGUCUGAAUGAAGAAAAACCGAGCCGCUCAUUAUUUCUCUCUCUCUUUCUACUCGCAAACGAAACACGGUCACUUGACAGAAGAAAAUGAUUUCGAUAUUAUUAUUUUUAAAAAAAAAUGCCCCGUGCUAGAACGAAGCACUGCGCAACAUCCUAUUCGCCUCAUCUCGCCACACACAGACACACACACAGACACCAUCCAUCAUGACAUGAAAACAAAAACAAAAACAAAGAAUACUAUAAUAACAUAACAUUUUGUUGGUUCGUUUCGAUUGUUGGGUCUUUCUUGUUCCCCUCUCAUUUCGUUGACGAUUUUCUAGUGCAAAAAGCAAACAAACAAAAAAAAAAUAAUACCAACAAAUAACAAAAAGAAAUGACAAAAAAAAAGCAAUGCGAUGGAUUUAUUAACAUCGGGGUAUAUAUAUAUAUAUUUGAAUUUUGUUCCUUUCAUAGUUAUUUUUUUUUUUUUAACGUGUACUCCGUAUUUCAAGUUAAGAGGAGAAAAAAAACAAGAUAAGGAACUAUAUUAUGUAAUCAGCUUUGUGAUGGUGAUGUUUGUGUACAGGACAGUUCAAUUUCCAAAGCGUUCACAUGGGCCACACCUUUUUUUUUUUUUUUUUUGUAAUCCAGCGAUUAUAUAUAUAUAUAUUUUUUUUUUUUCCCUUUCCUUUUUGUAAUUUUCGGUUCUUUGGAUGGAUGGAUUUUUCAUUUAUAUGCAUUUUCCCUCCUCUAAUUAUCAUUAUUAUUUCCUUUUUACUUUCUCAAAAUAUUUCUACCGAAACAUGAGCGCAGUAUUGGCUGUUUUUUUUUGUUUGCGGAUAAUGAAUCAGUUAGUUCGGAAGUGGAGGGGGGGGGGAACGAGCGGGCAUAAUGGAAUAGGAGAAAUGUGUGCGUUUCUUUUUUUUUUUUUUUUUUUUUUUUUGUGUGUGUCUGUCCAGGGCCUAAAAAAGAGAGGAGGAAAAACAAAAAAUAAAUCCUUUAUAAUAUUAGAUAUAUUAAUGAACGAUGGAAAAAAAAAAACACAGCCCUGCCUGACUUUAGAGCAAUUUAUUGCGAAGACAACAUCUUGUGUGCUGUUCUUCGUUCGCGCCCUGUACAUAGGAAAAAGGGAAAACUUGAACGUUUUCUUUGAAUUAGUUAUCUUUUUUUUUUCAGAACUCUGUUGUCCCUGCUUAACUCUCCAUCUCUAGUGUAUACACUCAACAUCUUCUAUUCAUCAUUUGUCAUGCCACCACCGCCCGUUUUUUUUUUUAUUAUUGUCCCGUAAAAAAGGAGAAGUGUAGUAAGUUGGGGUUUUCUUUUUUUUUCUUCAUUGAUUUAUAAUUGUAUACUUUUUCUUAAUUCGAACGAAGAGAUCAAGUGACUGUCAUCAUUCUCGUGUAUUAUUAUUCCUUUUUCUUAUGUCAGCUCCUCUCCAUUCAUUCUACUUUUGUUUUAUUUCCUUCAGUUGGCAUAUUUCUUUCCUUGCUCUUCUAAAUGUGGAGGUGUAUCAAAUCGAAAAACUUGUUCAUUCAAUUUAUGGUAACAAAUCGGGAGGAUAAAUGGGCCACUCUAAUCUGAUAUGCAUUUGUACAAAACAACAACUUAACAAAACACACAAACAAUUCAAUAAAAAAAACUUAUCCUGUUGAUUCGUGUGUCUCUCCGACCCAAUUCACACACUACUACCAUACCUCUGUUUCUCUCACCUUACCCCCCCCCCCCUCAAAUGUUGUCCCUCGUCUCCAUACACAUAUACACAUUUUUGAA